AUGUUUUCCUCUCUGCCGUGGGAGGUUUUUCCGCCGCACGUGGUGGUCUCACGCCAGCCUCCUCCAUUGGUCUUUCAGCAAUUUCUUCGCCAGUCCUGUCUGAGUGCAGCCCGCGACUCCAUCCCUCCACUCACAUCUACCAUAAGUCUUCGCCUUGAAUGUCUUCAAUACCUCUCGACUCUAUGUCUAAACUUCUCCUGUUCUUUAUCCUUUCCUUGCUGGGAAAGGGUAUUCGAUCCUCCUCCUCCCACUCGCUGGGUCCUUCGUCCUGUUCAGGGUGUCUCUUUUUUAGAGCCUUCUGACUGCUUGAUUGGACCUCUUCGUCUUUUUUCUUCCUUUUCUUCGGACAUGGGGGGUGAUGGCGAUCUCACGGGGGUUCCAACUCUGUCACUCGGACUGCUUCGUUUAUCUGGUCAAGUCGACCUAUCUCUCAUCUUCUUCGGAGUCUUCCUCCGUCUCCAUUCCUUCCGGUUCAACCAGAGUUACCUUCCUUUUCCUUGUCUUCUUAGGCCUCGGCUCGCUCAUUUCCAGUUUUCCUUCUCUCUGGUGGAUUUUAUAGUAGACAGGGUCUCCAACCUUCAAUUCUACCACCUUUCUUUCAGCAUUCACCCUCUCAUUUCUUUUCUUCUGGGCCCUCUUUAUUCUUCUUCUGGCCUAGAUAAUACAGCCUUUCCUCUAUUAUGGCAUACUUGGUGGUCUCUCCUGCCUUUACCUUUUCUCUCUCAGAGCAGCUAUUUCACUGUCUGCUUGCUCCUUUUCAAUUCCUUCUGUCCAGUAGGGAUCGAUCUUUCUUCCAGUUGCUUCGGUAUUCUUGAGAGUAAAUCUGCGCACGUGUUUUCUUUUCCUGCCAAAUACUCUAUCUUACAGUGCUUCCUUCGUUCCUCCUCGAAUCUCACCCGAUUCAGAGUUCGUAGGGGAAGUGCUCUUCCUAUCUUCUCCCCUCUCCUAACCUUGAUAGUCUUUUGGGCCUGGUUCACCAUCAUAAUGGGCACCAACUCGGCUGCCUCCACUACCGUUUCGCACAGGGUUACCUCGUUAUCUUCUAGGCCCUUUUCUUCUACAGGGACCAACUGCAGAGGUCCUCUCCGUACCUUUUUUUCUGACAUUAGCCUACCCUUUCCCGACACUGCGGUCCUAGGAGGUAACUUUACAUCUUCCUCCACCACUAUGGUUAUCUCUUCCUCUGGUGGGCAUCCCAAUGGCGUUCUCUCGCCGUUCACCACCAACACAGUAGGAUUAAACUCAAUCUGGGCCCUUGGCUCCGGAGCCAAUCUUUCUCCCAAGAUUGCCUCCGUACACAGGUCGGGGGUUACGUAA